AUGACCUCCUCCCAACCCUUCGCAUCCUCCCCGAUCUCGCCCAACACUCGCCUGAAACGACGCAGCAAGUUCACCUAUAAGAACCUGUCGACAUUAGCGCACUCGGCUUCCAACUGCCCACUGCGAGUCAUCGCCCACAUCGACCUCGACGCCUUCUACGCUCAAUGCGAGACUGUCCGCCUGGGCAUCGACCCGUCAAAGCCUUUGGCAGUCCAGCAAUGGCAGGGUUUAAUAGCGAUCAACUACCCAGCACGAGCAUACGGUCUGAGCAGACACGUAACAAUCUCAGAAGCAAAAGAGAAGUGUCCGGAGUUGAUCUGCCAGCACGUUGCGACCUGGAAGGAGGGCGACACGAAGUGGAGUUACAGCGAUGACAGCGCGGAAGCGUUUCGAGAGAUUGCCGUGAGGAAGGUCAGCUUGGAUCCAUAUCGCAUACAGGCGCGUAGGAUAUUGGCGCAGAUCAAGGAAUGCCUGCCGAAAGACCUGCAGAAGGUUGAGAAAGCAAGCAUUGACGAGGUAUUCGUGGAUUUGUCGGCGCAGGUGCACAGUAUCAUGCUGGAACGAUAUCCGGAGCUACAGGGCCCGCCACCAUACGACGACCCAACUGAGUGCUUGCCACGACCACCCACCACGGCUCUGGACUGGGCAGCGGAUGCAUUAGUUGAUCUGGACGCCACCCAGAGCGAAGAAGAUGACCCAGACUGGGACGACAUUGCCAUGCUGAUCGCCUCUGAAAUCGUCCGCGAUGUCAGGGCCGCAAUCAAAGAAGAGCUUCGCUACACAUGUUCCGCAGGCAUCUCUCGCAACAAAAUGCUAGCCAAGCUCGGGUCCGGCCACAAGAAGCCCAACAGCCAGACGAUUAUCCGCAACAGAGCAGUACAGCACUUUCUCUCCGGCUUCAAGUUCACUAAGAUCCGCAAUCUGGGAGGCAAGCUUGGCGAUCAGGUUGUGGCAGCCUUCAACACUGACACUGUCUCUGACCUACUUCCUGUCCCGAUCGAGCAGUUGAAGCGGCAGCUGGGCGACGACACCGGGUCGUGGCUCUACAACGUUUUACGAGGUGAGGACAGCAGCGAGGUCAAUCCUCGUACCGCGAUCAAGUCUAUGCUUUCCGCAAAGAGCUUCCGUCCCAGCAUCAACAGCUUCGAGGUGGCAUACAUCUUCUCCAGGCUCGUUGAGGAAGGCGUGCUUGAGCACAAGCGGAGGCCGAAGACUAUCAACCUCCAUCACAGGCAGGGUGCGCAGACGAGGUCGAAGCAGGCUCCGAUUCUCAUGGGCAGGACCAUCACGGAAGACGCACUUUUCGAUCUGGCGAAGAACUUAUUGGCGCAGGUGGUGGUAGACGGCAGAGCAUGGCCUUGCGCGAACUUGAGUCUCAGCGUUGGUGGGUUCGAGGAUGGCGUCACAGGCAACCAAGGCAUUGGCGGCUUCUUGGUCAGAGGAGAAGAGGCGAAAGCGGUGAAUGCCGCACCGGCCAUGCAAGGCUGGUCGAAAAGCAAAUCGAGGUCAAGUCGGACGGAGAACCGACCGCCCAGCAAGCGGCAGAAGACGGGAAACGGCAUCGCCAACUUCUUUGGCGCUCAAUCGAGGGAGACGUCGAUGGACGAGGAAGCCCAGAUCAGAAGAAGUGCCUCGGCCAGUAUUGAGCCGUCUGAACCGUGGCCUCACCACAGCUACGAAGCCGAGCACGAGGAUUACGAUGACGACGGAGAAGGACCGGAAGAGCCUUUCGAAGAGCUAUACUCAGACGACCAAGGAGCAGACCAGCCUUCAUUGCCUCAGCCUUCAUCCCGGCCAAGGUCUCCCCACAUCAAUGGUCUUCAUCAGUCACACAUAGAAACGUAUUUCUGCGAUCGGUGUUCGAAGUCAAUACCAAUGGACCAGCAGCCGGAGCACGAAGACUUUCACUUUGCACAGGAUCUGCAGAAUCAGGCUUCAUCUCAGCCAGACCCUCCACCACGACCUCCACCUCCAGCCAAAGCUCCGCAGAGUCAGGCAAAGCCGAGAGGACGUGGAAGGCCGCCGCUGAAUGUAAGCGGCAAUGGUGGUGUGGAGAAGGGGCAGCGGAAGUUGGCUUUUGGAUGA